CUUUGUCGUUUACGUAGAUUAGACGGCAUUGUUAUUACCGUCUGCUAAGAACUAACAACAAACAAAGCAGUUGACAGAUAUUUCAAUUUAAAAAAAAAUAUUACGCAUCUGUUGAUUUAAAAUAAACUCAUUUAGGAGAAUGGCAGAUACCGCUUUUUUGUUCAACGUACCCUUGGGGGAUCGUCUGGAGCAGCUGGUCAACAGCGAGUACGGCGCGGACGUGUUCUUCAAGGUGGGCGAAGCCGGCGAGCCGAUGUUCGCGCACAAAAUAAUCAUCACAACGGCCAGCGAGGUGUUCUACGCCCAACUGAACGGAAAAUUUGAAGAGGCCACCAAGAACACCCGCACCGACCCGAUCGCGGUCAAGGACAUCAAUCCAACGAUCUUUCUGGAGAUUUUGCGCUUCAUGUACUGCGAAAAGGUGAAUUUGAACGGCAACAAUCUCGUUGAGGUGAACUAUGCCGCUAAGAAGUACCUGCUGUCCAAGUUGGUCGAUAUUUGCGACAAAUUCAUCCAGGACAAGAUCAAGGAGGAAAAUGUGCUGAAGAUCUUCAACGACAACCGACGGUACGAGUUUGUCGACAUCAACACCAUCUGCCUCCGGGUGAUUUGCGACAACCCGUUGGAGUGUUUCGAUCAAAAGCAGUUUCUUGCCCUGGAGAUGGGCUCGCUGAAGUUGAUAGUGGAUAGCCCUGAAAUGAACUGCCACGAUGACCAGCUGGUUCUGGCAUGCGAAAGAUGGUUGAAGACAAACUCCAAUCGUCAGCGAAUUUCAAAGGAAUUUUCUCAGGUUAUGAAAGGACGAAGCUGUCGAGAAUUACAUUGUCAAAAGUUGCAUGCUUUCUCCAAGUUCAGCUACUCAGAUACAGUUGUUACCGACAUAACAAUUGAGGUAUCCAAGCCGUUCAACCUGUACGGGUUUGGAAUCCUGAUCGGAACCGAAUCCACCGAUAUCCAGUCGCUCAAGCUGAACGUUGAAGUGAAGGUGGAAUUUGAUGAUGAGUGGGAAAACUGCUUCUCGACAGUGGUGGUCGUUCCAGUAAAGCAAGAAGAAGUGUACGUUUACGAGGUGGUGUUCAAGAAGAUCAUUAUGGAAGUGCACGGAAUGUAUCGGAUUGUGGUCAAGAUGGAAGAAGAUGAAGAACCGCUGGAGGAUAUGUUCCAUCUGAAUUUAUUUGAACCAGCUGGCACAGCUUGGAAGAAUUGGAUGGAGCUGUCCUAUACCGACGAAGAGGAUCAGAAUUGCUUGUCGUAUCUACUUGUGAACAAAUAAUAAGUUAUUUAUAUAUUUAGAGUUUCGGAUUAAAAAAAUAAUAAAUGCUGUAUUUGUAGCUUUAGGACUAUUUUAUUGGAAAAGUUAAAAAGAGAAAUUCAUGGCACAUUGGUGGCACUGUAAGUGGAUAAUUAUUCUUUGAGUUUAUUCUAGAAGUUGACGUAAAGAUCUGUUUUAUUAAAUCGUAUAAAUUUUUGAAUCGUAACAGAUUAAAACUGAAAUCCCACUGAUAAUAUAUUACGAAGGGAUUGAACAAGAAUUUGAUCAAACAUGCGGAUGUCAUUUUUUAGCUUGAAAGUUGUGUGCCAGAAUCAAAUUAUAAAGAUAGAG